ACGUGGCAACACUGUCGCCUUGUUCGUCAUUCAUUUCUCUUUUCUUUUGUAAUUUUGAUCAAGUUGAAAAAUCGUUUAAAUUAUUUUAAUACCAUGUAAAAUAGCGUAUAAUUUUUUAUUAUUCUUAAUAAAAAAUUAGCAAGUGUAAAUCUUAUCAAAUAAAUACUUUAAUUUUGAAUCCAAAACGUAAAAUAAAAAAUUAACAAACGAUUGGCAGUGGCGACAGCUAAACAAAAAAAGAAGAAAAUCGCAGAAAAGAAAAUAGGUGCAGACAAAAAAUUUAAAAAACCAAACCAAUCAUGGAAAGUCCUUGUGAAUCCGAAAGUUCAUUGGAUGGUGGUACCAUGUUGCCCCCAAGUCCCGUAUCUAGGGAACAAUUACAAAAACGCAUAGAAUCCUUGACCCAACAAAAUAAAGUCCUGAAAGCUGAAUUGGAUACUAUGAAAAUCAAAUGUAAAGUUGUUCAAGAGGAAAAUCGCACGCUUAAACAAGCGUCCGUAAUCAUACAAGCUAAAGCUGAACAGGAGGAGGAAUAUAUUUCUAAUACACUUUUGAAAAAAAUUCAAGCUUUAAAAAAAGAAAAGGAAACUUUAGCGCAUCACUAUGAACGUGAAGAAGAAUGUCUAACCAACGAUUUGUCCAGAAAACUAGAUCAGCUUCGUCAAGAAAAAUGUAAAUUAGAGCAGACACUCGAACAAGAGCAGGAGUGUUUAGUUAAUAAAUUAAUGCGAAAAAUCGAAAAACUUCAAGCCGAAACUGACAACAAACAAACAAAUCUUGAGCAGCUGCGUAGAGAAAUGGUUGAACUUGAGAAUACAUUGGAGCAAGAGCAGGAGGCAUUGGUAAAUAAGCUGUGGAAGCGUAUGGAUAAAUUAGAAACCGAAAAACGCUUGUUACAAAUUAAACUUGAUCAACCGGUCUCGGAUCCAACAACACCACGUGAUAUUACAAAUGCUAACGGAGAUACUGCCUCCAAUUUAAGUUCGCACAUUCAAACUCUAAGGUCUGAAGUUAUACGACUCAGGGCUAAUUUGGCUGCAGCUGAAAAAGAGGCCACAAAGAAAGUCCAACAAUUCGCCCAAGAAGAAAAAUCCAUUCGUGAGGAGAAUGCCCGGCUACAACGCAAAUUGAAGCAGGAAGUGGAAAGACGGGAGGCAUUAUGUCGCCAUUUGUCUGAAUCGGAAUCGUCAUUGGAAAUGGAUGAAGAACGUUUCUACAAUGAGAAUAUAUUGGCAACGGGUGCACCUUUGGCUGGAUCGGCAUUAAAUGCUCAUCGUCAACGUACCAUUAGUAGUCCAGUGUCUCAUAGUCCAUCAAAUAGCCGCCCCUUAAGUCCAGGCACUUCACAACAAAACCGUUGUUACGCAUGCGGACAAGUAGUUAAUCGUCGUGCUAGUGAACGUUUUAUUAAGCCAGCACUGCCUACACCCAUGUUGGGUCUUAACACUUCAGCUCCAAAUGUUUUAUCCGGCUCGACAGGUGUUGGUCCCACUGUUGUAGGUGGCUUAUUCUCAAGUUCCUCAAAUGCUACGGGGCCAUCGGCUAGUUUUCUCAAUAGUUUGGGCAAUGACCGCCUCUCAUUGAAUUCAGCCACUUUGUUAGGUUACAAUGCUGCACCACCAGUUUUGCCACCUACCAGUUCUUCCGCUCAAGCAAAUCCGUUAAGUUUCAAUUUACAACAGAAUACGUCCAAUUCAAUGAAUGUGAGCAGUGGUGCAAAUUCCGCAUUUACACCAACUAAUCCAACUGGCGGCGCCAAUAAUACUUUUGCCCAACCGGCCAGUCCUAUGGACACUUCAACCUGCAAAGACUAGGAAGUCAAGACAACAUAAACUGAAAAUAAUAAUAAAAAAAAAAACAAUUAUGUUACUAUUAUAAAUACAUAACAAAUUUAAAUUAACAGCAGAAGUAUAAAAGAAACAUUAGUAGCCGAACAUGGUUGAGCUUUUAGGAAACGUAAAUUAAAAUA